CACAGAAAACGCAGCAGCGACGACAACGACAAAGAGCCUAGAAAAGGGGGAGACGGACCGCUUUCUUCCUCUGCUGCUGCUCCUCCUCGGCGGCCGAGCGCAGAGAAUUCGAGGCAAUGCGACCCUUCCCUCCUCAGCGGAAGUCAUAGCUGAUGGCGCCGAGGCGCAAGAAGUGGACGGAGGAGGAGGAGCGUUCACUCCUCGACAAGUACGCCGAGAUGGCGGCCGACGGAUCCAUCUCGCGCCUACGCACCCGGGAGCGCCGAUUCCGGCCCAUCGCCGCCCACGUCAACGCCGCUCACCACGCCGCCGAUCCUGCCGCCUACCCCUUCCUCUGGUCCUGGAAGGACGCCGCCAACAAGGUCCACAACAUGCGCCACCAGUACCUCCUCGUCAAGCGCAAGCUACUCCUCCUCAACCCUCCCCCUACCUCAUCCUCAUCCUCCGCCGUCGCCGCCACUGCCGCCGUCGACUGGGACGAGCAAGGCCUCUCCCGCUGGUCCAACUUCCUCCGCUACCGCUCCGUCUUCGGCGACGCCCCCUUGCCCUUGACCGACCCCGCCCCUGCUCCCGGGGAAGCUUUCGACAACGAUGGCGAGCUCGCCCUAGGGUUAGCCUUCGACGACUGCGCUGAAGGCGGAAGCGGAGAAGGAGCCGAUCAGGAGGUCGGCGACGACGAGGGUUUUGAUUUCGAUGAUGUGGCCCCUGUCGCUGGCUCUGUGCCACAGCAGCCCGCGCGACCUCUGGCGGUGAAUAUGGGAAGGAUGAAGCGGAGGAAGAAGAAGCGGGCUGAGCGGCGGCGAGCACUGGCGGCUUGGAAGGAGUGGGAGGCAAAGAUGGAGGACAGGGAGGCGCAGUGGGAGAGAGCGAGGAUAGAAAGGGAACGGGCAGAGGUGGAGGCGGAGAAGGAGAGGGAGCAGGAAAGGAGACAGGUGCAAAGACAGCGGAGGGAGGAGGAGAUAGAGUGGGAGGAGCGUAUGGAGGGGAGGAGAGCGGAGUGGAGGAAGCGGAUGGAGGGGAUGCUGAGGGAGCACCGAGUUGAGAUGGAGCAGAUUCAGGCAAGGAUCAUUCACGAGCAGCAGAGCGUGGUUGGGCAGCUUCUGGGAGUGCUAUCACAAUGGGCGGCGAGCCCUGUUUUUGGAGGGCUCUCAGAUGCCACUGGUGGUGGCACUGCAUUGGGACAACACCAUCACCACCAACAUCAGCCACACCACCAGGCUGUACCCUAUCUGUCUCAGAUGGUGCAUGGGUUGCACCAUGUGAAUGGUAUCGUUCCAGGAGAGAAUCGGGUUGAUGGGGAUGGACAUGAGGAUCAUUUCAUCGUUGAUGAUUGACUAAAAUUAGGGCUUUGGAUCUCUUUAUAUGAAUGGAGGUUGUAAACGGAUCACUCAGAUACAGAAUUGUGUUGGCAGGCACAUGCAGGAGAACAAGUAUCGAGAAUUAAUUAUCAGAGUUGGAAAUUUGUAAAUGGCUUCAUGCUGGACUGGAGAUAUUAUAGGUGGAUCUUGAUGCGUACUAGGUCUGUCUGAUCAUCAUUCUUUCUAUUCUCAGCUGUAAGCUGUUGAAGAUAAUGCUUCUCUACAACUCCAUGCAAGUGUCUAAUUGUACAUCAUGCUUCUGAGUGACUAUGGAAAUUUUCAAGCGAGAUAAAAGCUAGUGGAAGAGUUCUUCGGGGGAACAGUUUUAUGUAGAGUUCUCACUAGCAUAGAAAGGCUUUUCUGUGUUGCAUCUUCUACGAUGGCAUCAUUUGGGUGCUUCACUGCUUUGAUUAUGAUCCAGACAACAUAUCAGAAGAAUGUCUGCUUAACUGCCGUGAUAUGAUAUAUCAGGAGUUCAUCUGCUACAAAUAACAGACAAUUGUUUCCUUUCUUAACACCUUGCCAGUUUCACAUUACUGUUUUUUCAAAUUCUAGUUUAGAUAAAAUGCAGUCAGAUUAAAUCUAUAAGUCUACUUCAAUAAUUUUGAUGAUUUUUUUUUUCUGAAAUGAGUCCGUGGAUUCAUUUAAAUGGUAUUUUCAGAUUUUGAACACGGGAUGAGCAUCUCGUUGUGCUGGCACCAGGUUUGUUAUUGAUCCUCAAAAGAUGUUUCCUACCAGUAGCAUAAGUUCACCAGUCCUCAUCUGAUUACUUGUAUGUUUUUGACCUGUGACUUGUGUGAAAGUAUAGUUGGGCAUUUUUCUCUCAAAUUGUUCUCUUCUUGUUGACGACAUCUCAAAUUGUUCUCUUCUUGUUGACGACAUCUCUGUAUUGCUACCUCCUGCUUAUGGUAGUCGGCUAGCAGUUAAAAAUACAAGCAUGUAUCUCAACUGAAGGGACAUGCUUAUUUUAGACAUUGUUUUUCACAUCCUUAUUUGCAUCCUCAAGCAAGCAACCUACAUGUAGCAAGUACAUGCAAAGGAACAACAUGACAAUGUAUAUGUUCAUAUUUCUCACUCUACAAGAUUUCACAUAUAUGCAACAUUUUAGGCCCAAAGUAUUAUGAACAUGUUAUACUUAACAUGCUUGGGUCCCUCUAAUACAAUUUUCUAUCUCGAUCUUGCCAGGUUUUUUGUUGUUUGUUCACAUUUUUUUUUAGUACACCAACUACUGGAAUGGGUUAUUGAUAUUGAACAAUGUCGAGCAUUUUACCUAGUUGAGUUUAAUGAAUAUUUUAUUUAUGUUUGUGGUUUGUCCUUCUAAUGUUGACCAUCAUAUAUGUGUCUUAGUAGUCAUUUACAACUUUUGGUCUUGAAAUGGAGAUACCCUGCAAGGAGUAGAUCUGUUACCACUUUCCUAUUCUAAACUAAUGGAGCUUUGUACCUUAUGUUUGAUGCUUGUCUGUAGCUCUCAUGGACGGAGCUAUAACACCCCAAUUAGUCCCACCACAUCGGAAGUGGGCAAAGACUAAGAUUGACUUGUAAGAAUUUGAUGAGUAUACUACUGUUAGCUUCAGCUUAAGUAUUUUGAGCUAGUGGUUUAAGUUCAAUGAAGUUAAUUGACUAGUUCUCCCAUCAGGCCGGGUCGUGAGUAUUGGUAUCAUAGCCAACCUAGUAUAGGGGCACGGUGAGGGGCUCGAGUAGGAAAAGACUAUCCGUGGAUGGGUAACACGUCACAACAUGGAGCCACCAUUAAGCUAUAUCUCACAUGUACUAUGCUAGAGUUUAUUCUGAGUUAUAUUGGGCUUUGAUGAGGACGUCAAGCUAUGGGAGAUUGUAAUAUCCCAAUUAGUCCUAUAUCGAAAGUGACAAAGACUAAAAUUGACUUAUAAGGGUCUGAUGGAUAUACUUCAACUUAAGCAUUUUGAGCUAGUAGUUUAUACUCAACGAAGUUAAUAUUUUAGUUAUCCCACUAGGAUGGGUUGUGACAGGAGCAGAUACACAUGUGAGUCUUCCAUGCAGCAGAGCAUUGUCAGGCUGCUCAUUUAAGUCCUCUUAAGUGGGUGGCAAGCCUUGAUGUUGGAGAGUGCUUGAUUUGGAAAGAACAAUAUUGGUGGGUGUCGAAGACUUGCACCAUGUGAAAGCCCUUUUUUUAUUUUGUAACUUAAGUCUAUAGAAUUUGUAGGAGAAAAGUUGGCUAUGGCAAUGACUCAUGAGGACUGGAAUGGAACAUGGAUGCUUGUCUAGCAUAGCAUAGCAGGAAAUGAUUCAGAAGGUAUAGACGAGGAUGGUAUGAAGUUGCCUUCUUCAUGUGCUUUUUGUAUAUUGGCCGUAACAUAAGAUUGGUAUGUCAUUCCAGCAAUUAUGUAUGUCUGUGUUAACCAGUAUUCUAACGAAUAUUUGUUUUUUAUGAUUACUCAUAUUGUUGGUAUAUUCACCAGCCAAAUUGAACAAAUCAAGCUGCAAUUACUUUGGCUUUGGAGUACUUCGAAAGUUGAAGUGGCUCAAAGGGUUUUGACUGAGCCAGGUUGUUUUGAUUAAGAUGAACGUUCGAAAGUCAGGAAGUGGACUUCAUCUAUGGAAUUAGAUUGAAAAGAAGCCUCCCAAGAACAUAUUUACUUUCACCCACCACAUCCAUGACGUCCCAUCGAGAAGGGCGUUUACUCCUUCCUGCGCGGGCUGCUGCUAGGGGCCGUGGCGAUGCUCGACUCGGCACUCUGGUACUCGUCGCAACGAAACUGAAGCAACUUGAUCCGGUGAGCCAAGACAAAGGACCAGGUUUGGAGGAGGGGGAUGCAACUCUUGUGGAGCAUAGUAAUGAUGGCACAGGCAGCAUUGCUGGGAUGGGUUGUGCUGUAGACCCAUUUUGGGAGCCGCAUCACCUUGGAGGGAUUCGACGACGUGCCCUGGCAGAGGUAUUCCAUUGUGGGGACUGACACCAAUGGCGGCAUUGAGUCUAAGGGUGGAGGUGCUGGCUCUUGGUGGGGCAUUGCCACCACCUUGGUUGCCGCCAAGGUUGCCAUGAGGACAACAGCGACCAGCUCCAUAUUGGAUAUAUAUAUGGAGAGAGAAA